UCAGCCUGAGUGCUGCUCUCAGCCAAUCAGAGAGAGACGCAGAUCAGCCGCUCAUUCAGAGAGCUUGUGCGUGACUGAGCGUGUGGAUUUAAAUUGCUCUGCCUUGGUGUGAUCACCUCAUCCAAACGUGCAGUCGGAAGGAGGACGGUUCAAAACUUUGCUCUUCAAAGUUCUCAGUCUGCAGACAUUUACUCCACAUCAUGAUCUCCCAGCGUGGGGUCGUCUCAUUCUUGGCCUGCCUGUUACUCCUGGCAACGCUGCUUCCCGACGUUCAAUGCCGUCGGGGUGGUAGUUUCGGACGCGUCGCCGGCGGCAUGGGUCGAGGUGGAGGAGGAUGGGGAGCAGGAGGAGCUAACCGAGGAGGCUGGGGAGGAGCGAGCCACGGCCACCCCCAUGGCCACCCCCACGGUCACCCCCAUGGCCACCCCAACACCCACAGAGCCCCUCCUGUCCACACCGCUCCUGUCCACACCCACAGCUCUUCUGGCUCCAGUGCUGGGAAGAUAGCAGGGGCAGCUGCAGCCGGAGCUUUGGGGGGUAUGGUGCUGGGGCACGGCCUGAGCUCCAUGGUCCAGCCUGGGUACGGCCACGGCUAUGGCUAUGGGGGGCACGGGCAUGGGUAUGGCCAUGGGCACAUGGGUGGACAUGGCUACCACCGACAUGGCAGCGAACACCAUGGACACACAGAUGCAAAUGAGACGGACUCGGAGUACUACUUUGACGCAGCCAGCAGCGGGCCUGCGUACAGCUGUGUUUUGCUGUUUGGGGCAGCCGUGUCCUUCACACUCGGACACUGGCUCUCAUAGAGUGGACAGUGCCCUGAACGAAAGACUGUGAAUCAUAUCACCAGUACUCAACAUUCAGUGUUCAGUAAUUGUUGCCAUAGUCACAAAGUUGUUUGGAAUAUGCGCCAAACAAUUGAAUCAAAGAGCCAAGAUUCACUAUUCAGUAUUUCUGCUGCAUAGUGAAUCUGGUCCUUGAAUUCAAGAUUCUUUGAUUCUUUCAGUCAAAAAUCUAUCAUUAAUGAACUAAUUCGUCAUGCACUGCCAUGACAACAAACACACAUGUUGAAGUUUUGCGCCAAACCAUCGAACAGAACUAAUACUGAUGGUUCAGUAUUUAAUAUGUAUUGUCGUAGUAACAAAUUAGACUGAAAUUUGUCGCUGUUGAAGCAAAACCUCGAAUCUCCAAAACGCAUUGGGAGGUGGGGAAGAGACGUGUCCUCAUGAGUGUUUGGAGGGGGACGUUAAAUCCCCCACAGUAAGUCACCCUGAACACAACUGGACUUUGCUUAUUACAGUGAGUUGGGAAAUUGCAUCUUUUUCAAAAACUAUGAGAGAGAAUAUUUUAUUAAAACCAUGUUUUCCUUCAGAUCUUUAAACUUUAGACUUAUGGGAAAUGGGAACUGUAGCAGACUGAACAGCUCCACGUUUAUGAGGAUCAAGAUGUUUAAAAGUGAGGUAAAAUAAACAGGCCACCUGAGAUAAUAAGACAGCGCCAGCCUGUUAUGUAGCUGGAUUGAAAGCACUAAUGAUGUAACGUUAGUCUAAUUUGUUAGUUAGCUAGCUUAGCAGGUGUAGCACAUGUAUUUUCUGUGUUAAAGGUUGCCUGGUAUCCAGUUUUGAACCAGAGAGUCCGGGUUUUUUUGAGUGCCGAACUGUCGACUGUCUCACUCUUAAGGCAUAAGCAGUGGUAUGAAAAGUGCACCCCCCCAAAAGUUGAAAUGAAACCUACACCUCUGCCAAAAUGGUAAGCUUACUUUUCGUUAAAGUACACUUAAUGGAGGUUAAGUAACUUUUAUUGUUUUUAUUGGACCAUUCAUUAUAAAAUUCUCUCUAAAUGUAAAGGGCAGCUGACAUUCGGUAAAUAGAAAUAAAACGGAGAUGCUAGGUUUUCUCCUGACAGCGACAAACUGAAUCUGAAUUUGGUGGGUUUCUUCUACUCUUGUAGUAGAAAAGUGAAGACUUUUAUAAGAAAUCUUUUUAUUCUGUAGCUGUUAAGUUGUAUAACUCAAGCCCAAAAUAUUUGUGUUCUGCUUGACUGACAACUAAUUUAACUGAAUUAAUCUCCUACAUUCAAUAAGUGUGUAAAUACUGCACCUGUAGAGUUAGUAUUUAUAUUUUCACAUUGUAAAUAAUUUCAUUUUUUUUUCUUAUUUCUAUCUUAGUAAAAUGUGAUUGUUCAUUAUUCUGUAAGAUUACAUUUUGAAACUUCUUAAUGAAACUCGGCAUCAUAUAAAACCGUACUGUCCUAGCAAACUGAGGCAGCUUGGCAAUGACGGCUAGUGAUACUAAUGUUUGAAAUGCUUUAAACAGCUGAAGCUGAAUCGGAAUGACAUUGGUUGGUUUGUCCUUACGUGCUGAGCUCUCUCGGACUCCUGACAGACGUUACGGGUCGGAGCGUAUGCAGGCCCCGAGUGAACGAGUGAAAAGGAAGUGGUCUCUGCAAAUAGGCAAAUCACAUUAUUAGUCUAUAAUUAGAUUACCAGUAGACAGGAUGUGGUGGACGUCAAGGUGAAGACAAAUCUUGUUUGAGAUCUAGGUGCAGCCUACCUCAUUCAGUCAUCUCUCAGUGAAAGUGUAGUGAUUCUUUUUGCCAAUGUAGGGGUUUAUCUUAAAUGAAUACUUACAGCCUAAUCGCACUCUCAGUCCACUCCAGCAUCUGCCCACUGACUUCUAUUAUAGGCAGGUUGCGAGUCAACAGGUUUUCUAGUCUUCCUGAACAGAAAAAUGCACCGAAAUGACUGUUUGUGGUAAUGAACUGUAAGAUGCAGGCGUGGCAGACGGAGACUGGGUUGAAAAAUGCUGGACUUUAAUAGCUUUAUAUAAUAAUAGUGCUGUAUCUUUAUGUACUGCUUUUGUAAUGCUGAACUGUCUGAUACGUCUCCAUCCAAACUAACACACGGAUAAAAAACUGAAAAGUAUUCCGCGCUGAACUGUACAGGUUUUUUUGGUUAGGUGGUGCCUGUGAAGCAAUAAAGAAUCCCUCUGUGUGGUCAGUGUUGACUCUUUGA